AUGAGUGCUUGGUGCAACAUUCCACCGAUCUUUACUUUCGAAUUCAAAGAUUUAAUGGAUAUUCAUAAUAUUAACCAAGGUGGGAAAAAGGUGAAGAAGAUUAUCCGUGGUUUGAUUAUUAUCUUGUGUUGGUGUAUUUGGAAAGGCGGGAACGAAUACAACUUAAUAACUUCAAUGGCAUCCAUAAGAAUAUACACUUGCAUUCUCGUAGUUAUGAGCCUUUUAAGUUUCGGGUCGUCUGAAAGUGGGAUUGGAACCAUCAAUGACCCUCCAUACUUACCAUCAUCUUGUUUCGGGUUGCAAGAUCAAGGAGUUAUGAUAGCAGCUGCGAACCAAGAUUUAUGGCAAGGUGGAGCUGCUUGUGGGAAAAACUUCCAAGUGACAUGCACAGGUGCAACCAACCAAGGCGUACCACACCCUUGUACCGACACCCCCACAGUGACCGUAAUGAUCACCGAUUUUUGCCCGCCACCUGGCUGCAAGGGCGACCUUGACUUGUCACACGAAGCCUUUUCUACCAUUGCCGAUCCAAGGGCUGGAGGAAUCAAAAUCUCUUACCAACAGGUAUGAAGAAGAAGUAUCACUGAAGUUGCAUUCGAUUCGAAGAAGAUUUUUAAUAACCUGCUGACCGGGAUCUGGAGGCAUUUCCAUUUAUUUCAACUUCUAAUUGUCAUUUUGGUUUGAUGUUUAGUGUAUCUUUAAUAACCUACUGUACGUUAGCUAGUACAUCAUGAAUUAAAGGUGCAUCUUCUUAUAAAUAAAUCUUGACCUCUACCUUG